GCAUGCGUACGCUAUAUCGCAUGAAUUUCCACCAUCUUCCGGCUAGAGUUAGCAAAGUGUCAAGGUAGUUAACGCCCUAAAAGGCAAAUACGUUUUGGUGAAGGUAAAAGAAUUCAAAAUGCAGACGAUAAAAUGUGUAGUAGUAGGCGAUGGAGCCGUGGGUAAAACAUGUCUACUUAUUUCCUACACAACCAACAAAUUUCCCUCGGAAUAUGUACCCACAGUAUUUGAUAAUUAUGCUGUAACAGUUAUGAUUGGAGGUGAACCAUAUACAUUAGGUUUAUUUGAUACAGCUGGUCAAGAAGAUUACGACAGGUUACGACCCUUAAGUUAUCCUCAAACAGAUGUUUUUCUAGUCUGUUUCUCUGUUGUUUCACCAUCCUCAUUUGAAAAUGUUAGAGAAAAGUGGGUGCCUGAAAUCACCCAUCAUUGUCAAAAAACACCCUUCUUGUUAGUGGGAACACAGAUUGAUUUACGUGAUGAUGCUGCUACAGUAGAAAAGUUGGCCAAAAACAAGCAAAAACCAAUUUCAUCAGAUCAAGGUGAAAAACUAGCAAGAGAACUUCGUGCUGUUAAAUUUGUAGAAUGCUCAGCUCUGACACAGAAAGGCUUGAAGAAUGUUUUUGAUGAAGCGAUUUUAGCAGCGUUGGAACCACCAGAACCUCCAAAGAAAAGCAAAUGCACUCUUUUAUAAAUGUUUAGAAACAAUCUUCUGAAGUUUUAACCAAUUUCAACUUGGAGAGCUGUUGUAUAGGAGAUCAGAGGAUUCAUUUCCACACAGUUCUAGCAGUGAAAGCAUAAUUAUGUCUAAAUCAAAUUCUUAGCAUAUGCUUUCAUUUCUAAAAUCUACCACUUGAUUUCUUGUGUAUUUACUAUUAUUAAUAAUAAUUAGGUGGUCUGUUGCUCGUUGGUAUUUCUAAGAACAACACCCCCAAAAAUAGGAUUUAUAAAAAAAAAAUAUGGAUUUUAACAAUAUGACGAAUUUUUGUUUUGUAUAAUUUCUUCUUACAAGAUGAUACACUCAGUAUCACGAUGUAUUAACUAUUUAAAAUUUUACGUAUCUAUUGUCUUAGGAAAAAUUAGAUGCUUAUUUAUCAUUGUGCUUAUCUUUUAACCUGCAUGUGUUUUUUUUUUCGUUAGGGUUUUUUUCAACAACAGAUAUACGAAAUAAGGAGAUUGGGAUAGUAUAUGUAUAUCUGCAGCAUGCAAAGAGCACACGAUAUUUAGCAUGUAUAAAAAAUUAUAAAAAAAAUAUUUCAUAGCACAGGAAUAUAUUAGAGUGAUGGAUUUUCUGGAGGUGAUAUUUUGCAAAAUAUCUAUGCCUGGCAUGCUGCUAAACCUAAUUUGAAAUAUCAAAUGUGUAUAAUAGGACACGAUCAAACCAUUUUUAUAGAUCAAUUCUAUAAAGGUUAUUGUCCUUGCAUACCAUUGAAUAUAUAAAUAUUUUUCUAUCUUAUUUUGAAGUACCAUUAGUGUUAGGUAGGAUACACCAAUUUGAACUUUGGUUCUUUGGGAACAUUUAUUAAAAUUUGACUUCCUAAUUCUUGGGGAAACAGAAAUAAUUAAAAAACAAAAGUUCUUUUUUUUCUCUUCACAUAAGCUUUUAGUUCCACAACAAAAAAAGAUUUGUUCAAAGUUCUAAAGUGACUUUUUUUUUUUUUUUUUACAUGUAACAAAAACCCAAAGAACUAAAAAUUGAUUUGGUUUGGCCUUACUAGUAUUUGAGUAGCUAGAGAAUUGAAAUAAUUGAAAUCUAUGCCUAUUUACUUCCAUUGCCUUGUUGCCAGUAAAUCUCAUAACAUGUUAUAUUUCAUGAUAUUAAACACAUUGAAAUUAUAUUCAUCUCACUGAAUACAUAUACACAAGUUAGGGUCCAAUUAUUGUGUCACAGAAAUGAACAACAAAAACAAAUGAAAUUAAUUAAUUAGCUUAUGUAAUUGUGUUUUAUUAUGUUUGCUGGACAACAACUUGUAUUAAACAUUUAUUGAUGGGGGUUUAUUUAAAUAUAUUCAGACAGGGUUUAGUUGACUGACAUGAUAUAAUUUAAUAUGGUUCAAUCGCUCAUUAUAUUAUAGAACUGUAUAGAUCAAACAUUUUUAAUUAAAAUCAUAAAAAAUGAUUGUUGGUAUUAAGGGUGUUGAGCAGUCUAAAAUGCACAUUUUAAAGCUAGCACUGUAAUUUUUGUUGAUAAGAGAUGACAUUUUUUUGUUAUUUGGGGUGAUAAACUAUAUGUUAAUCACCCAAAAAUACCAAUUUUAUUUUCCAACUAUGUUCCAAACUUGGCUCAAAAACAGUAGAUUGAAAGUCGAGGUUAUAGUCAACACCCACAACGUAAAAUAUCAACUCGAAAAGUAUUUUAAAAAUUUUGUUGAAGGUUUUGUGAUUUUGGGUUAAUUCUUUGAAUACAUCCACAACAAGUUUUAAAUAAAACAAUUGCGAUGUAAAAGUAAAUAAUUACUUCAGUGCACUACCCCGCUCUACUCAAAACCAUGUUAUGCAUUAAUAAAAUAGUAAUCUUUGAUGUAAAGGGUGUGUACAAGGUCAUAAUUUAUUCAAGAACUAGUCUAGGUCGGGGAAACCUUCUUGUUUGCUAUAGAUAGUUAUUUUCUUUCCGCUUGUAUCUCCAUUACACGGUCGGACUGUAAUGUGUCCUCUGGGUUAUUUUACACAUGGAACAAGUGUGUAAAGUCUUAAUAAGAUUGGUGUUGAAAAGUUAGUGCGUAUCUUGGACUACUUAACGCCCUUAAAUUCAGUAGAUAUUUUUAUAUACAUCUGAUAGAAACUCCAUUUCUCGUAAUUACAACUUGUUCAUUUUUCAAACAUGGUUACAGUUAUUAGGGUGCUUUGACAGGCGCUACUUGUUCGGCAUUACAAUAUAUUUGAAAUUGAAUGCAGAUUUCUAUCUUAUUAAAAAUCCAGGGUAUAAACAGAGAAACUAACAAGUUUAUACAUUCAUGAUAAGUCUGGAUCUGACUGAAAAUUAUUUCUAUGGGAUUAUCUAAUUAUUAAGUACAAUGUCAUAUAUAAUAAGGUAACAGUAAAUUGGUCUAGGUAUUGUUCAUGCAGGGUUGGAGUUAUCUCAUUAUUAUCAUGCAAUUUGAUAGUGACUAGUUGAUAUUUUUGUAAUUAUAAAUUUACCAAUAUACAGGGAGUACAAACUUGUUUGUGAACUAUACUGAUUCAGUUAGGUUCUAUCAACAAUUCCAAGUUUUCACUAUUUAAAAAGAAUAAGCCCUGCUCCCCUUCAAGUCUCUGUUAGUGAAACAUUGAUGUAUUAAGUCAGUGUUUAUCAUUUUGUAGGAUUUGUUCAUACUUUAAUAACUGUGUAUAUAUCUAUUACAUUUGAAAUGAAUUUAUUCAUGUCUAUCUGGCCAAUAAAUAUUUAAUGAAAAAAUUCAAAA